CCGAGGCGGAAGCGGGAGUUUGGGAUGAUUUCUUUAACACCUGACUUUGUCAACGGGGGAUACUGAACCGGGAGGGGGGCAGGGAGCAGGGCGGUGGUGCUAGUAUCCACAGUGGGGGUCGGUUCAAACGGGAACGGUAGAUUAAGCUGCGGUGAACCGGGCGGCGCGUGCAGUCCAAUCAGGUGCGAGGAUGCUGGCAGGUGGGUGGAGAGUCCUGUGUGUUUUUGUUUUAAUGUUUUUGUUGAAAAGUUGAAGCCGCGAGAGAAUAAAAGAAAUCAGCACCCCCCCUCCCCAGCAAGAAAUAACCCUUCCGCCUGCGGCGAACCGAGUGACGACAAGUGGGGCAGGGGGGCCGGAGCCGGCGGCAGGAUGAAUGGAGUCACCAAGAGCAGGUUCGAGAUGUUCUCGAAUAACGAUGAAGCUGUGAUAAACAAGAAACUCCCAAAGGAACUGUUACUCCGGAUAUUCUCCUUUCUAGAUGUAGUCACCUUGUGUCGCUCUGCUCAAGUCUCCAGGUAUUGGAAUGUCCUGGCACUGGAUGGUAGUAACUGGCAACGGAUCGACCUGUUUGACUUCCAAAGAGAUAUAGAGGGCCGAGUAGUAGAGAAUAUUUCCAAAAGAUGUGGCGGCUUUUUACGGAAGCUUAGUUUGCGAGGAUGCCUUGGAGUGGGAGACAACUCUUUAAGAACAUUUGCUCAGAAUUGCAGGAAUAUCGAACAGUUAAAUCUGAAUGGAUGCACAAAAAUCACAGAUGCAACCUGUACUAGUCUCAGUAAAUUUUGUUCCAAGCUAAGAAGUUUAGACUUAGCUUCAUGUACAUCUAUCACAAAUCUUUCUUUGAAGGCUCUGAGUGAGGGGUGUCCACUUCUGGAACAGCUGAAUAUAUCCUGGUGUGACCAGGUGACGAAGGACGGAAUCCAAGCCCUGGUGAGAGGUUGUGGUGGUCUGAAGGCUCUGUUCCUUAAAGGAUGCACACAGCUUGAAGAUGAAGCUUUGAAAUAUAUUGGUGCUCACUGUCCUGAGUUGGUCACCCUGAACCUACAGACUUGCUCUCAGAUCACAGAUGAGGGGCUGAUAACGAUUUGCAGAGGAUGUCAUAAACUGCAGUCACUCUGUGUCUCUGGCUGCAGUAACAUCACUGAUGCUAUUUUGAAUGCGUUGGGACAGAACUGCAUUCGACUUAGAAUAUUAGAGAUUGCUAGAUGUUCACAGUUAACUGAUGUGGGAUUUACCACAUUAGCCCGGAAUUGCCAUGAGCUUGAGAAGAUGGACCUGGAAGAAUGUGUUCAGAUUACAGACAAUACUCUAAUUCAGCUUUCUAUUUACUGUCCACGGCUCCAAGUGCUGAGUUUGUCUCACUGUGAAUUGAUCACUGAUGAUGGUAUCCGCCACCUUGGGAAUGGGGCCUGUGCUCAUGACCGAUUGGAAGUGAUAGAGUUGGACAACUGCCCACUGAUCACAGAUGCCUCACUCGAACAUCUAAAGAACUGUCACAGUCUGGAGAGGAUAGAGUUAUAUGAUUGUCAACAGAUAACACGUGCUGGGAUCAAGAGACUCCGAACACAUUUACCCAACAUCAAAGUCCAUGCCUACUUCGCUCCAGUGACACCUCCUGCAUCAGUGAGCGGUGGUCGCCAGCGUUUCUGCAAGUGCUGCAUCGUCCUAUGACACCAACUUUGUUUUGCUCAGAUCUAUUUAAAUAGCAUUGCAAUGGGGGCGAUUGAACACGUCGUCAGUGGUGAAUCCUGGUGCAUUGUGAGACUGUACAGUAAGGGCUGUCCAAUCACUGUGGCUAUGACCGAUCACAUGGUUACCAGGCAGCACCUGUGAUGCCCAUGUCCGUUGGUGCAGAUAUAUAUUAGUUUUGUCACUGUAUGAUUCAAUUCAGAUUUUCCCAAGAUCAUGGAUAAUUUAUUUUUUUGAAUUAAAAAAAAUUAGAUUCCAUUCAUUUCAGUGGGGAAAGAUUUCCACAUACCCAUUUCUGAAAGAUGGAUUGCCACCCACCAGCACACAAGUACCGUGAGACAUAACCACAUUAAAUUUUUCCCACUAGUCUCUACAUGGAAAAGGAAGGGAAUUAUAACAUGGAAUUCUUGGCUCCUUUGGCCUAUAAAAGUUUUGCACAAAAGUUUAUUAUUGGUCCAAAACCACAGCAUAUUGGUCAUUCCUUCCAUGGAAAAGAGGCUGUCAGAUUGUGUUUUAGGUUCUGCAGCUCACCAUUUCUUCAGCCUUGCACAGCUUCUCCUGUGCUACUGUCCUGCACUGUAGCAUGGUUUCUAUAGUGACAAGGUGAUUUAUUCAUGUCUUGAAAUAUUUUGAAUAUUAUGUUUCUUGUGAAAUGUUUGGGUUAAUUGUCUCUCUACCUGAACACAUAGAGUAUGGUUCCUUGCAGUAAUAGAUGCCUUCAGUACCAUGCACUGUUGUCCAGUGUUGCUGUGUGAGCUGUGAGUUUGUUGUCAUUACUGCUUUGAGUAUGAUUAGGAUUGGGGUGGGUGCAGUGCAAUAUGGUGCAUUCUGUCACAGUUCCAUCUUCGGUUGUCACAGUUAGAUGGAACUGAUGGAUAGAAAUGUAGAGCAGAAGCCCAAGUUGAAAUUCCCUUCAAUGAUUGUUUAACUGAAGCUUAUUAUAUAACCCCUGGCUAGCAUUGAUAGAUUUGGUACAGAUGAGGAAUCAUACUUUAUUGGAUAAACUUGCUUGAACCAUUGGAGAACUGAUGGGUUUUCUCUUUGCUUGUUUACAAGAAUGGGUGGAUAUUUGUUUAAGCCCUGUUAACUUAUUGUGCAAUACAGUCAGUUGAUAAUGCAUCUUAACCCUGUGUGUUUUGGUGUGUCAGUUCUUCACUUGGUUCAGAGUAUCAGAAGUGGUUAUUGGUUUCUGCAGUUCCAAAUAAUUCUGAUAUGAAAUUGUAGCAUUUCUCUCAUCUGCCUCCCUUAUUCUAUAUAACGCAGUGUUAAACAGUCCCAAUUUUGUUUCAGUUAAAACACUACAAACCUACCAAUGUGUGUAGGUUCUGUUUUCAGAUCUAAAACAUGUCAGAUGUUGGAGGGUUGGAGAUAAAUGUUAAAAAUUAAAAUGUCACAACUGUAAAAGUCUCCCUUUUAAUUUGAAUGUUUUAAAAAUGUUUUCAUUUCAGAGGUGGGAAGGAAUAAGGACGAAAGCAAGUUUUGUCAUUGUAUCCAUGUGUUCAUUCUUUAUAUUUUAAACUGAGCUUGUAGGAACUUGCUUCAAGUUCUGAGAUCAGUUUUGCAUUCCUGACUUAGUAUUCUUGAACAAUUCUUGAAAACUUUCACCGAUAAAUGAACUUUUAGCAUUUGACAUCUUUUUAAAGUUUGGUCUCUUGCCAUUGAAUCUAUAAAUAUUUUAGCCUGCAGGGAUCAUUUUGAUUUGAGAUGAGGUUAUACAAGGAAAUGAGAUUUGGGCCGGCCUUUGGAGGUUUAAAUGUUGGAGCCUUCUUUGUAUUUAUGGCUCUGCAGUUGUAUCAGGUGGCUCUGUAAUCAUUUUCAUGUUUAUUCAAGUUGCUUCUGAAUGCAAAGGACAAAGGGUGGCAAUCUGCCCUGGUCACAUGCUGAACUUGCAAUUUGUAAAGAGUGCAUGUUGGAUUCUUCUUCAAGAAUUAAUUUUCAUUGAAGCCAAUUAAAUAAAUUUAGAAACUGAAUACAAUGCAGGACCACCAUUUAAAACUGCAUGUUUGGUGCAUGCAAUUUAUGAAGAAUCUCUCUCCCAUUGUCUAUACAUUAGGGAUUAGGACAUGCCAUGGAAUGUGAGGAAGUUAUUGAACCCGGUCCCUCUUUCUUAAAAACAUUUUGCAAAUCAAAUACAGAAAAAAGUUAGUAACUGAGUCAUUAACUUAUUUAUUAUUGUAUAUAUCCCAACAGUUGUAUGUACCCGAUGGGAGUAAUGAUAAAAUGAAGAUAAAAAAAUCAGUUUUUCUUCUGACUUGUCUGUUAUUAUUGAUGUACGGGUUCCCUUUUAAUUUAUUUCUUUCUUAUUUUGCUAUUUAGUCAUUUUUAAUAGCAAAUUCAUUAAAAAAACUAAUUACCUUUGUGUCCUUUCCAUUCAUUAACACUGAUUAUUUAAAAGAAAAAUGCAAUGGAAGUUUGCUCAAGGCUGUACCCAACUGGCUGCCAUAACUUUGGCAAGAAAACAAGGUUGAAAACAUCCACCAAAGGAAUAGCAGCUGAUUGAGGGAAGCAGUCAGGAAAUUCUGGCAGUACAGUUUUUUAAUAUAACAACUGGUUCUGCAUUUUCUCUACCAUAGACAGCUUCCUUGUUAUUUUUUUGACUUAUUUUUGGGUUUUUUGCAGCUUCCUUUGCAACCAGAUUUCUUUGCUUAAAGCAUCUGUUCCUCUUUAUUCUUCCCUUUUCUGGAUAUUGCCUAUUGCAAAUACCUUUCAGCUGACUGUUUAUUAAGCAACUGCUAUUUGUAUUGACAGCAGAUUUGCAAGAACAGCUGACUUGCAUGUCACAUUCAUAACAUACCAGCAGAAAAUGUUAAAUGUCUGUCUGAUUCAUCUUGCAACAACUUGUUAUCAACUCUUUCAUCCAGUUAAUCAACAAUCCUCCAGUGGAUAAGUACAGGAGAAUUGCUCAGCACCUAGUUUAAAAUAAACAUGACUUUUGUAACCAAUAUAAGAACUUUCUACAGACAGAAUUGAAAAUGAAAGGAGAGAAUGCUGGAAGUACUUAGGUUGGGCAGCAUAUGCAGAGGGAGAAAUGCUCAGUAUUUCAGGCUGGUGACUUCAAUUUUGAUGGGAGUAAGGUACGAGUACAAGGCAGGGUUUGGAGUUUCGCUUGAUCUGUUCAGUGAUUUAUUGGAACCUGAUUUCUUGGUCUAUUCAAUUGUUCAUAUUUUGUCAGUGCCUUUGGAUGCUGCACUAAAGGAGCUAUGUGAAUGCAUCCUGUACAUCCCUUGUUAUCUCAGCACAUAUCCACAGCCCAUAGCUUUUGUGUGCAUGCAUCUAAAGUAGUUGGCUUGCUUGUGCCUUCUGAGUAAUAUCCAAGGGCAAAUGCCAGGCAGGUUUGCGGAUAUCCAUAGCUUGCAAUGGCUGUUGUCACUGAACUAGCACUGGUGAGUCUGUGUGCUCCGUCUUUCUUGAUGGCCUUUGACAUCUUGUGAUUGGUUUUGUUGCCCACUUUGCUAUAGGUGUUCCCUGCAGCUUUCUUGCUGUGGUCUGUUUUGGUCUUGACUCAAUAACCUAGCUGGAGAAAGGGAGUCAGAUUUAGAUUAUUUCUAGAUGGAGGCUCAGAGCUGAAAGGCAAUGCAUAGAACAAUAUGACUUGGACAGAGAUGACUUGUGUCCAAGUCCGUGCUGUCUGGAAAAUGUCAUUGAGAUUAAAUCCUUCUCCAACUCUACCUUUCAGUGCAUAUGAAAUGCUUAUCUAGAUUUUUUUCUGAUGGGGGUUUCAGACUCAAUAAGUUUGAAAUCCUUGCUCAUCAGAUGGAAAUUUCUUUCCUCAGCUUCCUUCUAAUACUUUCAAUCUACCUAUUGCUUUAAUUCUGUGUUCUCUGUUAGCCUCUUAAUUGAGGAAAAGGCUCUUCCUAUUAACAAUGCAAAGCUCAAUUCUAUACAUCUUAAUUAAAUCUAUUACCCCAUAAUUAGCUAAGAUAACAGCAGCCUGCCAGAAAAAUAGCAUAUCAGUGGUAAAUCUAGUGGUGUCUGAUAGAUUUUAAAUGUGGCCGUUAUAUUUAAUGAAUUGGGCACAGUAUAUUUAAAGCAGAGAAAAUGCAUCUUUGAACCAAUCUAGCUUCAGUUGGAAACAAAAUAUAUUCUGUUUAAUUUUUCCUAUUUUUGCAAAAGGUUCAUAUAGUACUUGCCUAGUAGUGCAUCAGAAUUCUAUGAUAUUAAAAAUAGCUUAUUAUGUACCAUCUACUUGGUCAGCAAACCAUAAUACUGCAGCCCGAAAGUCAAUUGGCACUGGCCAAUACUGAAAUGAUGUUGCUCUUUUGACCUACAUAACCCUUCUGUCUUUCCUCUUGGGUCUGUCAUACAUCUCUAGGGGUGGAGUUUGGCUUUCUAACAGAUUGUUAAGACAUCCACAAAGAUAGCAGAAAAGUAUUUGAAAAAUUAGUGGCAGAGAUCUCCUGGCCACCAACAGCACAGAAUUCCUUUCUUCAUUUCAGUAUGUAAAACCUCUCUGAGGUUGGCUGGAAGCACAGAACAUAAUUGUGAAGAGGCAGCACAAAAAGGGACCAAAGACGAGAGACAUUGAUGGUUCCAUAUGUCAGACACAGGGGGCUUAAAAGUGAAAUAGACUGGAAAAAAGACUUUGAUAUUAGCAAUUUAAAACCCAAUAGCUUUGGUAGUUUUCUAUUUCUCAUAUGGCCUAUUAAUAUGAUGCAAUUGCAUAUUAAUAUAAUACAGUGCAGAGCCUGAACUGUGAAUACCUGGCUUAGAUGUGUGUUUGUGAACAGUAUCAUGCCCAUUGGUGCAGUUGUGUUCUCUGAUAGACUGUAGUGGAUCUUGAUUCAAGAAGGUUAUUUUAUUUCUGUGCUCCUUAGGAUGUGACAUUUCCAGUUUCCGUAUCUACAUGGGAUGUGGGUAGUGCUGGAAAGACCAGUAUUGAUUGAUCACCCUGAAUUUCACCACACGGGACUGUUUCAGUAAUGGCAUUUCUGUGGCAAUGUAGGCUUGUUUCAGACAUUGCAGAAGUAGCUAAGAAUCAACUGCAUUGUGUGGUCAUGGAGUCACAGGCAAGCUCGUUUGUUUGCUAACCAAGCUGGAACUUUAUGACAAUCACUACCAACAGCUUCUACAGGGUUUUGAUCUCGCAGCUGCUGUGGUGAGAGAUUUGAAUUCCUCUCAAUACCUCUGCAUUACUAAUGUAGAAACCUGACCACUAUCUGGUCAUCCCUAUAGUCUGCCACAUUUUUGUAAAGGAAGUUUCUGGCCUCCAGUGGUAAUGUGGCUUUGGCAUUGUGAGCUGCUGCUCUUGUUUAAGAACAAGCCAAUGGUAAACAAAGAAAAGGUGAACAAUUGAGUGGAAUUCGUGUAAAAUGGCAACCCAAGGUUUUGUACCAGUUUGUUUUGUUGGUAAAAAUAGUUUCAGAACAGGAGAGUUUGGGAUGAAGUAGCCUAGUGGUGGGUUACAAAGUAUUAUGGAAUGGCUUCCAUGUACCCUCUCAUCUGAUAAAAGCUUUUUUUUUGCAAAGUUGUGUAAACAUUAUGAAUUGCACACUUUGCAAGAAGUACAAUUUAAAAGAAUGAUCAGUUCAGUGUUAAUUUGACAACUUUCUGAUUAUCACUAUAUCAGAAUGUAAUUUGCAGCAUUGCAUUUAUACUGCAGAGUAGUCUGCUGGUAGGACUGAUAACAUAUAGUUAACAUAAAUUAAUGUAGGAGGAAUUCUUAAUUGUGAUUUGCCUGUACUGCACUUUAUGCAGAAUACACAUUUGCUCACUGUUGAAUUUACUUAAAUUAAUCCAGGGUUUAUUUUAGUCCUGGCCUUCAAUCAGCUGAAUGUUUGUGUUAAAUUUCAGUUGUCCAGUAUACCUUGUAUUCUUUGGGGUGAUAGCUUGGUGUUCAUCUUUACAGCAUUUUAAGGGUAGACAUUUUAGGAUCGGGCCAUUUUAGUUUGGAAGUGGGAAGAUGAUUGGCCUGAUUUGAGAGUGUAAACCACUUCACAAAAUGCAGUAUAAUUCACUUUCAUUUUUCAAAUAACCAGUACAUUUGUUUUGGACCCUACUUAAAGCAAGUUCUUGAAGUAUUAAUGUAUUCUGCACGAUCUCUGCAACCGCGUAUGCAGAUUUUAAAUGAAGAUAUUUUUAGAUAGUGGAAGAUGUAAGUAUUUGCUGAUUUUUUUAAAUUCCACUUCAAAUUUUUGCAAUUGGGCCAUUUGAAGUGAACAAAUUGUUAGAAAAACAUCUCAGUUUGCAAAUGAAAUUAAAACAGGAUUAAUAAUAAGAAAGGCACGGUAAUGUAGACUUGAGCCAUCAUGUGCAUAAGCAGUCAAUGCUUGUGAUUUUAAAGGUAUGAGUGAUCCCUGUCUAGGUUCUUGGUUGCUUUAAUUUCCAAUCCUUGUAUUCAGAGGAAUAAGCUAGUUUUGUUCUCCAGUACUCAUUUACUUCCUCCCCUUAUCAUAAAUAACAAAAAAAACUACAUUAUAUAAAAGAAUUGGUUUUGAUUGUGAGAGAUCACUGCAAAACUUCGGAGUUUUGGCCACUUGGUAAUCCAACAGGACUUGAACCUUUAGGCAGGGUGGGUGGGGUGCAUGAACAAAUGUAAGUCAAAUAUAAGAUUAUAAAUUUAAGCAAGGUGUGUUAGUAGACAUGCAGAUAUAGGCAAACCUCAGCUCUGGUACAACCUUAGCAAGAGGUAUUGAGUGCAGUAAUGAGCAAAUUUGAUGAUGCAAAGGGGAUGAAAGUGUUAAUUUGAUCAGAAGAAAAAUCAUUAUGCUUUUGAAGCUCCAGCAUAAUCUAAGGAGCUAAAGCAUUGAUUGUUUUAAUAUGUUUAAUGAAACAGUGCAGUUCAUUUUAUUUAUGCAAGGUUAAAGCUACUUGAAAAAGAAUCAUUUUAAGAAUGUACAUAUUUUGUAAAAAGGAAGAAAAAUCCCAAAAAUAUCUAUAGGGUGAUGUGCGGCCUUAAAUUGUCAGUCAUCAAGAUUUUUCUGUUCAUACAUUACAGUAUGUGAGAGAUUGAAGUCGUUAGUUAUUGAGAAUGUGAUUCCCAAUGUGUUUUAGUCCCAGUACCACUGCUUGAGGAGGGGAUGCUGCACUUCAGUGACGUCAGUGGUUGGAGUAUAUGUAAAUGUGUAAAACUAUCUUUCUCCACAAUUGUUUUAAUGUGUUUGUUCCUCAAUGAAAUGAACGUUGAACAAGCCGCAGAAAAACCAGUUCCAGCACAGGCUUAAACUGGGGCCUGUAGCAACAUGAUAUUGAAAGGUCAUUUCCUAAUGCUAAGCUGAGUGGGAUAAUAAGGCCUUUACUUUUGUGUGGUUGGUGAGGAUGUGCCUGGCUGCCAAAGUAAACUGGUGAUUUAAAGUCUGCUAAUUUUGAAAUCUGAUCAUUUCCAUGUGUAAUUUUUUGAACAGCGGAUUUGAAUUUUUAUUCCCCUUUGCAUUUAUUUUGUCUUUUUGUAUUUCAUCAAAUUUCAACCACUAAAGUGAAACCAAUGCAGAUAGCUAUCUGUUUCAUUUCUUAAUACCAAGAGGGAUUGGGUCACUAUAGUAGAGUCUAUUCAGGCCUUACCAAUGAGAAAUAAUCUGGUAAUUUGUGUUUCAGCUUUAAAACAAAAAAUGUGUUACAUUUAAAUGUUACAUUUGGUAAAUAGGUUUAAAUCUUGUUAAAUCCCUAUAUAUAUUAUAUAUAAACCUGUGUUGUACAUACUGUAUUCCAAUUAUAUUGUAAUCUGUGCUAAUAUUCUCAAACACUGAGUGUUCAUAAUAUAAUGCCAAUGUAUUAAAUAGUGAAGUAUUUCCUUUA